AUGCAGCAUCAGCUGGUAAUUCGUGCUAUCGGUGCUAAAGCUUUAAUUCAGUCAGCCCGUGCUUUAGCAACAGCUCCAUUAUCUCACAAAAAAAUUAAGGUUGUAAACCCGGUUGUCGAUCUUGAUGGCGAUGAAAUGACCCGUAUUAUUUGGGCUGAAAUAAAAAAGAAGUUAAUUUUGCCGUAUCUGGACAUCGAUAUAAAAACUUAUGACUUGGGGCUUCCAAAUCGUGAUGAUACGAAUGAUGAAGUGACCAUUGAAUGCGCAAAGGCUAUUCAAAAAUACAAUGUUGGCAUUAAGUGUGCGACUAUCACUCCAGAUGAGGCUAGGGUAAAAGAGUUUAAUUUGAAAAAAAUGUGGCUCAGCCCAAAUGGAACUAUUAGAAAUAUUUUGGGAGGUACCGUAUUCAGGGAACCAAUUCUUUGCAAAAACAUUCCUCGUUUGGUUCCUGGAUGGAAACAAGCGAUUGUAAUCGGCCGUCAUGCAUUUGGUGAUCAGUACAAGGCAACAGAUGCAGUAGUUCCAAAAGGUACAAAGUUCCAACUUUGUGAACUUCGUCAAGAUGGGAAAGAAAUUAGACACGAUGUAUUUCAAUUCAGCAAAAGCGGAGGAUGCAUAAUGGGAAUGUACAACACUGAUGAAAGUAUCACAGGAUUUGCUCACUCGUGCUUCCAGUAUGCUUUGACGAAAAAAUGGCCUCUUUAUUUAAGCACCAAAAACACCAUUCUGAAACGCUACGACGGCCGCUUCAAAGACAUUUUCCAAGGAAUAUAUGAAAAAACCUACAUAAACCAAUUCAAGAAGUUGAACAUAUGGUAUGAACAUCGACUUAUAGAUGACAUGGUUGCACAGGUUUUGAAAAGUUCUGGAGGAUUUGUUUGGGCGUGCAAAAAUUACGACGGUGACGUACAGUCCGAUAUUGUUGCUCAAGGGUAUGGUUCGCUAGGGUUAAUGACUUCUGUUCUUAUGUGCCCUGACGGUAAGACAAUUGAAGCGGAGGCCGCGCAUGGAACAGUUACUCGUCACUAUCGCGAACAUCAAAAAGGCAAUCCAACUUCAACUAAUCCCGUCGCAUCUAUUUUCGCUUGGUCCAGAGGUUUGCACCAUCGCGGUAAACUAGAUGGAAAUGAAGCUCUGCAAAAGUUUGCCGAAACUUUGGAGAAGGCUUGCGUAGAAACCAUUGAGGAAGGAAAGAUGACAAAGGAUCUUGCGAUCUGCAUUCACGGGCUCAAAGGAGCAACCCCAGACAAAUAUCUGUUCACUGAAGACUUCCUGAAGGCAAUUGACGAGAAAAUGCAAUCGUUGAUGAAGUAA